UGGGCAUUGACUUUAGGAUAGAGACCAAUACUCCAAAGAUGCCACAAUCUUGAUCUUCGCGGCCGGAGAACCGAGUGAGUGAACACUCGACAAAGACAAGGAGUGAGGCUCCUAGUGAUACCCAAACACCCCACGGCCGCGACCAGAACACACACCCUACCGCUUCUCAACAUGGCCUGCGCCGGCCUCCAAUCCUCCCUCCGCCAUCUGGUGCGCGAUGCAGGCCGCUCGCGAGAAGUCCCAUCCUUCCUCGUCCCAGCUCUCACCCAACCCUGGACAUGCCGACACAAUUCGACGCUUCAAGAGCACAUCCCUCAAUCGCGGAUCGGCCGGACGCCAAUCACCAUCCCGCCCGAGGUCUCGUUGCGGUUCUACGAUCUCCCCAAAUCCAAUGCGCGGAGUAGAAAUCCAGACACCCCUAGUGCUGCGUUGGAGGUGACGGGACCGCUGGGCAAAAUGACCGUCCCACUACCGCCCUACUUGAAAGCCGAGCACGAUGAGGUCUCCAACAAACUCAGUAUCAGCGUGAGCGAUGCGGCGGAGAAACACCAGCGCUCAAUGUGGGGCACAAUGCGCGCUCUUGUACAAAACUCCGUCUCGGGCGUCUCAGAAGGACACCUCUGCAUCUUGCGACUUGUGGGUGUGGGAUACCGUGCGACAGUGGAGGACUCGGCCAUCACCAAGAAACCUGAAUACCCAGGUCAGAAGUUUGUGAAUCUGAAGCUGGGGUAUGCACAUCCCGUCGAGAUGCCGGUGCCCAAGGGCGUCAAGGCAAGCGUGCCGCAGCCGACGCGGAUCUUGCUUGAGGGAUGUGACAAGCAAGCCAUUAAGCAGUUUGCAGCCGAGAUUCGGACGUGGCGGAAACCAGAGCCGUACAAGGGCAAGGGCAUUUUCAUCGACGACGAGACGAUACGGUUGAAGGCCAAGAAGAUCAAAUAGAUGAGAAGGUUGAUGGAGCAGUGGCAAGUCUUAUGGCUCAACAAGCUCAACGUAUAUUGUUGGCGUGUGAUGUAUUCUCCAUCAAAUCCACGCGUGAACAGGGUGAGCGUCGCCUUGAGUCCCGCACUGCGUUGGGCAUCUAUCAACCAUUGGAUUGUAGUUUUACUUUCUCGUGCUCUAUCAUGUAUCUCUGGUUUGGUAUAACUUUUAGUCUGGGGUCAAUCAAACACCCGGGGAUUGUAUUAAUUAAUCCACCGUUAGUCCCGAACAACUGUCCAUCCGACCGAAUCAUUUGCUGCUCAACACCUCCUGAACAGCCUGGAGGACUUGACCAUGAACAUUCUUCGGAGCCGCAACGACAC